UCGCUUUAUUCUAUUGGUUCUCUCUUUUAUAACGUGUCAUAAACAGUGAAAACCAAAAGGCGAAAAGAGUACUGGAUAUUACACUGUUUUGCACGAAUUCAAAAUGUGCCUAUAAAAUAUUCGAAGGAUUUUCGCUUUAAAAACGUGAAGCAACGAUGGAGAAUAUUCAAAAUCUCCCCAUUGAUAUCCAAACCAGCAAACUUUUGGACUGGCUGCUGGAUCGACGGCACUGUAAUGUGAAAUGGCAGAGUGCAGUAAAGACAAUCAGAGAGAAGAUCAAUGCUGCUAUCCAGGACAUGCCAGAGAACGAAGAGAUCAAACAGCUUCUGUCUGGCUCUUACAUUCACUACUUUCACUGCUUGAGGAUAGUGGAGAUACUGAAAGGAACAGAGGCUUCAUCUAAGAAUAUUUUCGGCAGAUAUUCAUCUCAGAGGAUGAAGGACUGGCAGGAGAUUGUGACCCUUUAUGAGAGAGAUAGUGUCUAUCUGGCGGAGGUUGCGAGCUUGUUGAUUCGUAAUGUGAGUUAUGAAGGCCCAGCGUUGAGGAAGCAGAUUGCCAAAGCUCAGCAGCUGCAGCAGGACCUGACCAGGCGGGAACUGGAGUGCCAGACUUCAGCUACAGACCUGAGGGAACGUUACUAUGCUGCCUGCAAACAGUACGGCAUUGCAGGAGAAAAUGUGUCUCAUGAGCUGCAAGCUCUGCUAACAGACUUGCCAGCAGUUCUUGAGAAAGUAGGGGAAGAUGCAGCAAAGUUAGAGGAACAAAUCCAACUUUAUGGCACGUUCACCAAAUUUGUGUGCGAGUGGACUAAGCCAAUCCUGCCCAUGCUGACAUUUGUUCAGAAGAGGGGAAACACAACAUAUUAUGAAUGGAGAACAGGGAACGUCCCCACAGCUGUUGAGAAAUCAGUUCCAGCGGAAGCACCUCCUGAUACAACUACAGAAGACGUGAUUGACUGGGGUGACUCUGGCAAAGAAAUAGAGGCACAGAGUGAUAACUUUGGCAUCACUGUUGAGGAUGGAGUGGACUGGGGUAUCAGUCUGGAAACUACCAGUGAGGACCCCAGUGGUAUUGACUGGGGUGACAGUGAAGUACCUCCCAUCGAAAUUGAAAUUGUAGAUGCAGGCACAGACUGUCUUGAUGGUGUGGCAAGAGGUGAGGAUGGUUUAACUAUGUUGGAGAAUUCUCAGUCACGCAACCAGUUCAUUGAUGAGUUAAUGGAGCUGGAAGUAUUCUUAACCCAGCGGAUGAAUGAGAUGGGAGAAGAGGCAGAUGUAGUAGCUAUGAGCCAGUUUCAGCUCGCCCCAUCUGUAAUUCAAAGCCAAACUGCCAAACAUAUCCAGGAGAUGCUGACAGAGGUGCGUGACCUUCUGGACAGGCUCACUUCUCUUCGAAUGCAGCACCUCUUCAUGAUCCAGGCAUCACCGCGGUAUGUUGAACGUGUGUCGGAGGUGCUGAGGCAGAAGCUUAAGCAGUCAGACAUUCUGGUGCUGAAGGGUGCUAAAAUGGUUGAAAAGAGAAAGGAAGCACUAGAGGAGCAAUCCACACUAGAGCCUCGUGUUGACCUGCUGGCUGGAUGCAUCCGCGAACUCCAGAAACUAAUUGAAGCUGACAUUUCAAAGCGAUACCACAACAGGCCUGUCAACCUAAUGGGAGUUAAUAUAUAGCCAAAGAUAUUCACCAAAAAUAUUUGUCAUGACCUAACUCACUGUGUGAAUACUGGAGAAAUAAACUUGAUAUUUAUUAUAAA